GAUCUUAUGGACUAGUUUUCCGAUUCCAUGACCUUAUAAAGCAACCACCAGUCCACAACCAUCACCAGUUUCCAAUUAUCACUUUCCCACAACACAUUUGUGCCUGCGUCUAAACCUUUGCUUAAAACAUGCCAACUCUGUUCCUCCAUUUCUUCCUCUUCGUAAUCACUACCACUGUUACUAACCUCAUCCCCACAGUUCACAGCAACUGUAUUGAAGCCCAGAAACAAUCAUUGCUCCAUUUCAAACAAAGUCUUGAAUUUGAUUCUUCCAAAUCCUCCAAGCUUAUCACAUGGAAUUCGAGUACCGAAUGCUGUUCUUGGCUCGGUGUAACUUUCAGCACUAAUGGGAGUGUUGUUGGUCUUGACAUCAGCAACGAGUCUAUCUCAUGCAGCAUUGACAAUUCAAGCAGUCUCUUCCAACUUCAACGUCUUCAAAGCCUCAAUUUGGCCAAUAACGACUUCAAAAGCUCUUCAAUUCCAUCUGCAAUUGGAAAGCUUACAAAGUUGAGGUAUCUGAAUUUAAGAGGUGCUUUUUUUUCUGGGACUAUUCCUUCAUCUGUUGUUUCUCUUCCCAAACUAGAAAUAUUAAUACUAUCCCACAAUCGGUUCUCGGGUCAAGUCCCUGAAUUUUCCACUACCUCGAUCUUCACCCUUACUUGGCACCCUUGAUUUGGAAAACAACAAUUUGGAAGGACCAAUACCAACAUCUAUCUUCAAUCUUCAAGGGCUUCUCAAUCUCAAUCUUUCUUCAAACAACUUUAGUAGCUUUCCUUUUAAUGGUCCUCGGCUGCCCAGAAAUCUUUCAUCGGUUGAUCUUUCCCACAAUAGCAUGUUGUUUGAUUACAAUGGCAGUAAUUCCUCCUUCCUUCAGAUUCGCCACUUGGUAUUGGCUUCUAACAAGUUGAGAGCAUUCCCGGAUUUCUUGAGAAAUCAGUCCAUAUUAUACUACUUGGACCUUUCAAACAACCAGAUUCAAGGAAAGAUACCUAAUUGGAUUUUGAGUCUCAAAUCUCUUAAUUCCCUUGAUCUUUCUGGCAACUCCUUGGCAAGUCUUGAAGCUCCUCUUCCUAAUUCCACUUCUACUUUAUCUUCUCUGGACCUUCAUUCCAACAAGCUUCAAGGUGAGGUACCUAAUUGGAUUUUGAGUCUCAAAUCUCUUAAUUCCCUUGAUCUUUCUGGCAACUCCUUGGCAAGUCUUGAAGCUCCUCUUCCUAAUUCCACUUCUGCUUUAUCUUCUCUGGACCUUCAUUCCAACAAGCUUCAAGGUGAGGUACCUAAUUGGAUUUUGAGUCUCAAAUCUCUUAAUUCCCUUGAUCUUUCUGGCAACUCCUUGGCAAGUCUUGAAGCUCCUCUUCCUAAUUCCACUUCUGCUUUAUCUUCUCUGGACCUUCAUUCCAACAAGCUUCAAGGUGAGGUACCUAAUUGGAUUUUGAGUCUCAAAUCUCUUAAUUCCCUUGAUCUUUCUGGCAACUCCUUGGCAAGUCUUGAAGCUCCUCUUCCUAAUUCCACUUCUGCUUUAUCUUCUCUGGACCUUCAUUCCAACAAGCUUCAAGGUGAGGUACCUAAUUGGAUUUUCAGUCUCAAAUCUCUUAAUUCCCUUGAUCUUUCUGGCAACUCCUUGGCAAGUCUUGAAGCUCCUCUUCCUAAUUCCACUUCUGCUUUAUCUUCUCUGGACCUUCGUUCCAACAAGCUUCAAGGUAUCCAUUCCUCAUAUUCCUUCCUUCAGCUUGGUCACUUGGGAUUAGCUUCUAACAAGUUGACAACAUUCCCAAACUUCUUGAGAAAUCAAUCCUAUCUAACCUACUUGGACAUCUCAGACAACCAAAUUCAAGGACAGAUACCCAAUUGGAUUUGGAGUUUCAAACUUCAAGAACUAAAUCUUUCUUGUAACUCCUUGGAAAGUUUAGAAGCUCCUCUACAUAAUUCUACCUAUGUUCUGUCAAAGGUCGAUCUUCAUUCAAACCAGCUUCAGGGACAUUUCCCCUUCUUCUUAAAUACAAUAACUUUCACGGGGCCAUUCCAAAAUCCAUAUGCAAUGCAAGUUGUAUUGUUCUUGAUCUGUCCAAUAAUUCCUUGAGUGGAAACAUUCCCCAAUGCUUGACUCAAUCACAUCAGCUUUCAGUCAUUGAUUUGAAGAGAAACAACCUGAGUGGCACAAUUCCCGAUAAUUUUCCCAA